CGGUGCAUCUUGGGAGCCAGAACUUUUGGGUAAGCUGCAGAAGUUGUUGUGGACAGUUCUUUCCUUCCAUGGUUUCACAGUUUUACUAACCGUUUGUAAGGAUGGAAGCGGCUAACAAGGGUAGAGAGCGUGGUAGGAACGUUGGUAAAAGGAGAGGGAAGGAGGCAGGCUCGAGAAAGGGCCGUGGAGGGGCGACAGUUGGUGUCCUUGGCGGAGGAAGAGGGAAGGAAGCCGGGCGAGAGUUGAGCGGCCCGGUGGGAGGUAGCGGUGGCACAGACGGGGACGGCGUGAGAGGCUUCUCGGCGAUAAAACAACUGGGGCUGCCUUCAAUGAUAGCUGAUGCUGUGGUGAGUGACGACUGGGAGGCAGAGCUUCAAGAAGUGCCUCCACCAAUCACAGGGAAGAGGGCGGAGCUUCAGAAAGAUUCUCCACCAAUCUCGGGCAAGAGACUAGAGCUUCAAGAGUCACUUCCUCCAGCAAGUGAGAAAUCAGAGGCCAAACAAGAUAAACCACACACAGAAUCCUCUCAUAGUGUCAAGCCAUCUCGACGCAAGACAAAAAAAUCAGGGAAGACGGAGAAGACAAGAAGUACCCCGACUUCUCUGCCAGUCCACAUUGACAUAGAUGAACAAAAAAAAGUCAAAUCACACAAAGUAGACCAAAUCAAAAGCACUAUUGUCACCAAACCACUCAGUGAGAAAGUAUGCUUGCAGGCAGGUUCCACUGACGAAAACAGGAACACAAUUCACGUUCAGAAGGCACGUGAAGCUUCCCAAACCAUGUUCAAGAAAGCUACAUUCAGUCCAGCCGACAGUGUCUUGAACAGGAUACUUUCACCGAAGCCUAAAGUGAAACCUUUCAAAAUCAAGAUGCCUUCAACGCAGUCUAAAGAUGCAGCAAGGAAAGAAGUGGAUGCCAAGAAGGAGAUACCAGAUAACUGGUGGAGUGACAAAGAAGAAGAAAUGGAAGACCAAGAUGUUAGUAGCAGUGCAGAGCAGACGACAGAGAAAGAAGAUGUCCUGGGAGGUACCUCUCCAUCUCAAGUUUUGCUUAAGAGGAAGGAGGAGGAUCGCGCGCAGAUGCCGCCACCCCCUCUCCCCGACACUCCGCUGUCUUCUCAAGAAAAGAGGAAGAAACCAAAGAGGAAAGCCACACCCAUGCCUCCAAGAUUUCUGAGUUGCAAGACACACCUAGAGGAUGAGUUAGAAGGGAUGACAAGAAGUGCCAGCGCACCGAGUAGUAGGAUUCCCUCCCGGGAGCCCUCCCCAAGUCUCCUGAGACGUCCUUCGGAAGACCUCCACCCCCCAUGUCCGGUGAGCCCGCCCUGGGAAGACUACAGGAGGGAGUGUUUGGAUGACAGCUGUUCGGAGACGUCGUCCCUGGAGCAUAACCUGAGCCUGGCGUCGCAGGAGGAGCUGGAGGGCGGGCGGUAUGGCGAUGACGAGGAAGAAGCCAACUCCGACCCGCACUCCGAGAACCGGCGACAAAAUGGUGGCAACGUGGACCACGGUAGCGGCUUUCCUCCAAAGCUGUUGCCCGCAUUUCGGGGCAAUGUUACAGUACCCCCAGCUCAAGUCCAGGGCACAAUGUUCCCUCUGAGAGUCCCACCAGGAUUGCACCGUGAGCAGUCUAGUUCCCUGCAGGUGUCACCCUGCAACAACCGCGUACAGAGCGCUCCCGAGAUAGCCCCCCUCCCCCCUCACCUGAUGCAGAAAGCCCAGGAACUCCAACGGCAGAGUGUCCAGUACUCUCGCCUGUCCCAGAACUACUACAACUACGCCCUCCAUCUGUUCCACAAGUCUCUGAUGCUGAAUAGCGAGUACCUGAACAUUGUGGGAGGCAAUGCCAACAGCCCCCCUCCCCCUCCACUCUCGCCUGCACAGCCUGGCACCUACGGACCAGUCUUUCCCUACCCACCACCCCCCCAGGUGGAGUUGUCUCCCCAGUACCCACCUCCCCCUCCUGUGGCUCUUCAGGGGGCAGCACAGCCCAAUGUUUUCUUUCAGGAAAGUACUUCUCCGUUUGGGCCAUACAACGCACCCGUUGAGCAGCAUGGAAGUCACUGGUAUUCUCCACAUUCGCCAGAAGCCAUGCAGCAGCAGUUGCCAAUGGAGGGCCGAAGUGCGACACUCGGAUUGGCAGAAAGGAGUGUCUUCAACCUGUUGCCUCCCGGGCAUUUCGAGGUCCCACCGCGAAUGAGGAAGAAAUCAGCAACUGCUGAUGGGGGUACGUCUGGGAAGUACGUCAUACCGGCCUACCGUCCGGGAACGGCGAUGUGGAAGGAACCAGAUACAUCCGACGAGACGUCAAGCAGCGUGACCUCCCCACCGUACAAGAGGAAGAUGAUGGUCAGCUGGCCGUCGCUUCGGGAGGUGUCGUAUGUCUGGCAGGUCGGCGUGAAGAACGCCGGAUACGUCGACUCCCACUGCCACAUCGACUACCUCUUUGAUAGGAUGUCCUUCCGAGAAUCGUUCCAAGCGUUCAUGAGCAAGGCCAACUUUCCGUCCAGCUUCGAGGGGUGCGUUGCCGUCUUCUGCGACCCAAAGUCCUGGGUUGCCGACGGUUUCUGGAAACGGCUGCUCGAAGAGAACGACAACGUCUGGGGUGCGUUUGGAUGCCAUCCUCACAGCGCUAAGCAGUACAGCAUGGUAACGGAGGUGAACCUACUGAACUGUUUGCAGCACGAGAAGGCGAUAGCGUUCGGUGAGAUCGGACUGGACAAUUCCAAGGACUAUUCACCUCCCAGCGUUCAGAGGGUGGUGUUCAUAAGACAGUUGCGGCUGGCGAUGCAGAUAAAGAAGCCAUUGGUGCUCCACUGCCGUCAGGCAGAUGAUGAGAUGAUGGAGAUAAUGCGGGACCUGGUGCCACGUGAUUACAUCAUCCACAGGCACUGCUUCACCGAGAGUUUCGCUGUCGCAAAGAUGUGGAUGGAAGCGUACCCUAACAUGUACCUGGGCAUCACUGCGCUCGUGACCUUCCCAACAACCCGGAUGCUUCAGGAUGCCGUGCGACGGAUCCCGCUCGACAGGCUCCUCUUGGAGACCGACGCCCCCUACUUUGUACCGAGGCAGAUACCACAAGGCAAGGUGACAUGCUCCCAUCCAGCCAUGGCUGUGUGUGUUGCUGAGAAGAUUGCUGAACUGAAGUGCAUCCCAUUGAGCGAGGUCUUAGCACAAGUCAGAGAGAACACGAGAGCUGUAUAUGGCAUCUAGACUGAGAGAACAUUCAAACUGUAUACGGCAUCUUGACUGACCUCAGUAAUUCAGGCCACAGAAACACAUUGUUUGUGCCACAGUAUUUGGCAACCGUAAGAGUAUUAGCUUGGUUUUCAUGUGAAGCACUUGAAGAGAUACAUACUGCUGUGCCUCUUUUUGUCUGAUCCUUGGAGUGCUCGAGGUUAAAGCUGUACACAUGAAGUGAUUACUUUGAUUAGAAUUAGAAAAGAGUUCUUGGUAUUAAAACAACUUUUCGCCAUGGACAUUCUGGAUGAAGACAGUUGACAGUACAUGUAUGUAGCUGAGGACACAUGUCUGUAGGUGACAGUACAUGUAUGUAGCUGAUGGUACAUGUAUGUAGCAAAAAGCACAUGUAUGUAGCUAACAGUACGUAAAUGACGGUACAUAUAUGUAGACUGUACAUAUAUGCUGCAGACUUUGUUUUGCCCUUGAUGAAUAUUUUGAUCAUGAAGUUCCUCUCUUUGAUAAGCAAUGGUAUUAACUAGUCUACCUCAGUGUUGUAGUGCAUAUUGCAAUCAUGAUGUUUACAGUAGAAUUUAAUUUUUGUUCACUUUCUUCAGUCAUUGACACUUUUUCAACAAAAAAAAGGAAAACAUCUAAUUUGAUGCAAUCAAAUUUGAUUGCCCAGAGCUACUUUGAGACAACUAAGACAGACCUCUCAUGGACCAAUAAAAAGUACAAAUAUGAAGCUUUGUAGUUGCCAUGUGUACAAUGACAUUAAAACUUUUUUCUACG